CACCAUCGAGUAGCUGCAACCGGAAACCAAAUUACGGCAGCAGUCAUGGCGGCGACCCGAGCUGUAGCUGGUGCUGCUAAAGUUGUCAAACCGAUUUUCAGCCGGGACCUGGACGAAGCUAAGCGCAGGGUCCGGGAGCUGUACCGAGCCUGGUACCGAGAGGUCCCCAACUCAGUGGAACUGUUUCAGCUGGACAUCACAACGCGUCAGGGAAGAGACAAAGUGAGGGAGAUGUUCGACAAGAACAAGCAUGUCACCGACCCCCGUGUGAUUGAUAUGUUAGUCAUUAAGGGGAAAAUGGAACUUGAGGAAACCAUCCACGUCUGGAAGCAGAAGACCCACGUUAUGCGCUAUUUCCACGAGACCGAAGAACCUCGUCCCACUGACUUCCUGUCCAAAUUCUACCGGGGUCAUGACCCAUGAACUGUGUAGCUCUCUGCUGACCUCUGACCUCCCCUUGCUUGUGUCCAGUGUGACAGAUGUUCCCCUUUAUUGUAAAUACACACUUAACACUCA